ACCUGUUUGGAUUUGUCAGGACCAUGGAUGUAUAUGGUCAGGAGUCAGGAUCUAUAUGCUCAGGACACCGAGCUUGAAACCGAGACAAUCCCAGACAAUUGAUCAAAUGUUUCUAAAAGUUUCUCAAGUCGUAUAUAGAGAUCACUAGUUAAUUAUCUCGUUAUCUCAACUUAACAAACCUUGUUUUCUCGUGAUAACAGGUUAAUUAUGGAGAACUCGAAAAUGAGUGCCUGGUUCGUUUGAUCAUGACUGAUUUCAGCCUUCAAGAUCACUGUCAUAAUUCAUCCCUAAUUCAUGAAAGAGUUUAUAGAAGUAAUAAGGGGUUACUAUGAGCCUUAUUAACAAAUGACUAAUUAGUCCUAUCUCCAUAUAUAUUAGUGCAUCCACGCACUAAGACAGUUUUUGGUAAGUAACCCUUAUUGAAUAAAAUAUGACAGAAAACAUCAAACAGAUGACAACGCUCAACAUGGAGGAAAAGUACGUCAGGCAUGUGGAGCUUCUGGGCUUCGAGAAACGCUUCUACCCAAGUCAGCACUAUGUGUACAUGAUGAUGGUGAAGUGGAGCGACCUCACUGAGAAGCUGAUCUACCGGAAGUAUCCUGAAAUGCACACCUUCCAUAAAUCGCUGAAGGAGAUGUUUCCCAUCGAGUCUGGAAAAAUAGAAAAGAAAGACAGAAUCAUCCCUUCAUUACCAGCGCCGCGGUGGGUGAACACCCAGAAGUCGACAGAAAAAGGGCAGACCACGUUGGCCGGGUACUGCCACUCACUCAUCAACCUGCCGCCUCACAUCUCCCGCUGCAAACUCCUCACCAGCUUCUUCAAGGUUCGACCCGAGGACGAAAACCCGCCUGCCCCAAACACGCUGAAAAGAGAGGAGACCUUUGUGGAGUCCAGAGAGUUGGCCAGAGGCAACACAUCCGUGAUUUCUGGACCCAUCAUAUUGGACACCUACAGAGUUGUCGCCGACUACACCAAGACAACCAAACAUGAGAUCACUCUGCACACCGAUGACCUCGUGGAAAUUGUGGAGAAAAAUCAGAACGGUUGGUGGUUCUGUCAGUGUGACAGUAAACGAGGCUGGAUUCCUUCGACCUACCUGGAGCCUCUGGACGGACCGGAGGAGGCUGAGGACGCUGAUCCAAACUACGAAGGAGAGCUGUACGUCACCAUCAAAGCCUACAAGGCGGAGCAGGAGGACGAGGUUUCUCUGGACCUUGGAGAAACCAUCGAGGUCAUUCACAAGUUGCUGGACGGCUGGUGGGUCGUCAGGAAAGGAGACGAGACCGGUCAUUUCCCCUCCAUGUUCCUGCAGAAAUCCGGGAAGGGAGAAGUGGCAAGAAUGAACGUGCAGGGACAGAAACCACCGCCUCGCAGGUCAACCAUCCGAAACGCCAAGAGCAUCCACAACAGAGCUCCGCGGCGGCUCAGCCAAGACUCCUACCGCAGGAACAGCCGCCGCUACCUCCAGCAGAGAAGCAGCCGCAGCUCCAUGUUGCAGAAGGACUCCAACAAUGGCGCCAAGUCACCGCUGAGGGAGAGGAAGAACCAAGACAACAUUCCAGAGCAGCCUGGCUCCAGUUCAGAGGGCGAGCUGAAGAAGGACACUCCGGUCAUCCCUCCUCGGCCGAGUCCGGAGCUCAUCCUGGAGCGCUGCACAGACAACACCUGCAAGAGAAUCAGCAUCAAGUCACAGUCUGGCUCCACCGGCUAGUAUGGACAUGCAUCAUAUGUCUUAAAAGUCGCAGUGAAAGUUGCCUUUUGAGAGCUUUUUUCUUCCUUCAUUUGAUAUAUUUAUGUUGAUACUGGAUGUAAGAGAUUGUUCAAGAAGUGCAAACCAAUGAGGGAUCAGUUAAGAGGGAGAAAGGAAGGUGGUCAGAAAAUUGGCGUUACAUUACAAUACAUUAUCAGGCUUGGAAAGUUUCCAAAAAAAUCCUAUUUUUAUUGUUUCAUAUAAAUGUGACUUAAAAAGAUAAGUCUAGUGUUAUUCUGUAUUUUUCUUACUGUCAACAAAUCUCAUGAAAAGACCCAAACCAACAAUGUCUUUCAAUAGUUUGGCUUCUCUCCUGAUUGUCACUUCCUCAUGAAGAUUUAAAUAUUCAAAAACAGCCCAUAGAUAUAUUAUUUCACUUUUUAAAAGGCUCAGGUAUUUCCUAAAACUGUAAAACCACUAUAGUUUUAGCAAACAAACAGGAUCCAAUUGUGUAUAUUUUGAAAGACUGCAACCAACAAUUAUUCUCAUUCAAGAUUCAUGUACUGAUUAUCUUCUCAAUUAAUCAUUUAGUCUAUAAAAUGUCAAAAAAUUGUGAGUCACAAGUCCAGGUUGAUGUCUUAAAAUGUCUUGUUUUGUCCGCCCAACGGUCCAAAAUCCCAGAAUACUCAGUUUACUGUCACAGAAUACAAAGAAAACCAAAGAAAAUAGAAGCUGGAACCGUUGAAUUUUUGCCAUUUUUGCUUUGAAAAAAAAUUCUUAAAGAGAUAAAUGAACUAUCAAAGUUGUUGCCAACAACUAAAAUACUAAUCCUUGCAGCUUUAAUUUGCUGGGGACUAUUUUCAGCGGCGGAUUGAUCCACAUUUGGUGCUCUAGUGAGUUUUUCUGGCAGCAGGAUGUUGUGUAUGUGUUCAUGGUGAUAAACAUGUCACCCUGUGCAGCUGUGAGACUCAUUGACGUGUUUUUAGUAGUUUUUGGAGGUUAACGGCACAGAGGAAUAUAUAUAAAAGAUAUAUCAGUCUUUGGUCUUUUUAUAGGAUUUGUUAACUAUAAGAAAAAUAUAGAAUAUCAUCAAACGUGUCCCUUAAGUCAGUUUGUGUAGAGUUUUAAAAGGUACUUUGGCUCCAUCUUGUGGUCAAAUCAACAAACAGCAAUGUGACAGACAUCAAUUCACGCUGCAACAACCCCUCAUAGACACAGACAGCAACACAAAGGCUUCACCAAGUUACACAAACAAAACCUUUUUCCAUCAGAUUAAUUAGACAUCUGCUGCAAUCACGUAGAAAUUCUCCACAUAGUAACUUGAAAGACGCUGAAACUUUCCUGCCAGCUCAGUGUUGAUGUUUGAUAUUACAAUAACAAAGCCUAACUAGUUGCUAAUCAUUAUCUUGCCCAGAAUAAUAAGCUCUGUGAUGAAGGUGAAAGUCAGCUAUGUCGAGGUAUAAUGAGACAUUUAAGUCCUGAUCACCAAAAAAAACCCCAAUAUUUAAAUCUCCAGAAAACAUUUUAAUCACUGAAUGUUGGAAGUGUUGAUCUAAAGAAAACAAAUCUAGUAAAAAUUACAAGCAACCACAGCCGCAGUUUCCAAAAACUGUAAUUAGAUUUCACUCCAACAAACCAGUAGGACUUUAUAUCCGUUUUGCUUUGGUUUCAUGUGUUCAGCUCUACCUCGCUGUUAGAUACUAGUGUUCACAUUUGCAAGAAGUCAAGAAAAAGCUACAUUUCCUAGUAAAAGCUGAAGGUAUUAAGUUGCAUUUUUUGUUUGAAAAAGUCAAGAAUAACAACAAAAAUAAAAUCUGUUUGUGACUGGAAGCAUUCAGGUCUAUUCCCAAGCAUGCAAUCUGUAGAGCUUUGUUUUUAUUUAUUUGCUUGAUAAGUUUACAAUACAAUAAUAAAACAAAACUUUAAGCUUUA